GUGCAGGUGAACAAUGCACAGGCCCAGUUUCAAGUGGGAGCACCACCUCCCCCAGCAGCAGCUACUGCAGAAACAGGUUGAGUCGGUGACCCCCAGGGACUUUGCUUACAUCUCGGGGCAGUUCCAGCACUCACGGCUGGCAGAGGGAUUUGGGUGCGAUGUCAUGAGUGGGGAGCCGGGCAGGGUCAAGAUCCGCCCUCCACCACCCCGGCAGCAGGAUAUGAACAAGGAGCCUGCCUCGCGAGGACCCUCGUGUGAGCCCCAGCCACGGCCCAUCAUCCGUCGACGGGCGCGCUCGCUGCCCUGCUCCCUCGAGAGAAAGGGAGGCCCUUCCAGGGAGGGCCGGAGCCGGAGGGUGCGCUUUGUGGAUUCCCUAGGUCUGGAGCUGGCAGAGGUGAAGGUGUUCAGAGCUGGGGAAGACCCCACGGUGCCCCUGCACGUCCUCACCAGGCUCAUGCUGAGCUCUGAGCUGGCUUCGGGCCGGGACCUGGUGAUCUCCAUUCCCUACCUGGAGCCGGACUUCCCACCGGAGCAAGGCAAGCGAGAGGAUUUCCUGGAGCGGCUGGCCCGGCAGAGGGUUUGCCUGGAGAGGGUCUUGUGCUCGGAGCUGGGGAUCACAGGCCUUGCAUGGGUCCAGAACCUCUCCUUCAGGAAGGAGGUCAGCGUCAGGUACUCCUUCACGGCCUGGAAGAGCAGCUCCGACAGCAAGGCCUGCUGGGACUCCAGCGAGGGCGGGAAGGGGGCUGCAGAGAGAGGGUCCGAAUGGGACGUGUUCCGGUUUUGCCUGCCUGUGCCCCCUUUCAUCCUGCAGCCCGGAGCCUCCCUGGAGUUCGCAAUCCGCUACCAGGUCUUGGGGGCUGAGUUCUGGGACAACAACAGCGGCCGCAACUACAGCCUGACCUGCCACAGCUACAAGCUGACCGUCCCUAAAGAGUGUGAAGACAGCUGGAUACACUUCAUCUGAGCCCCUCCUCGGAGAGAGCUGAGGAAGAUGGAGCAGCCUGCACACACACCGGCAUCGCCUACAGUUCUCUUUACUAGAGCUGAUCAUAAAAGAACACUUUGAAGCAGUGUGCUGUAGUCUCCUGUUUUGUUUCAAUUUUAAAUUCUGCCCUGCUUCGCUUCAGUCUGCUUUUAAAAAGUGCCAAAUAUUGAAUCCUACAACGCCUGUGAUGAAGAUAGCAGGUGGCAUGUUAUGGAGUGUUAGGGUUAAGUAGCUGGAGGUGUUACAGUUUGUCGUGCAUUGAAACACUGUCGCGUGUCAGUGUCAAAGUUUGCACUUCUUUUUUUUUGCCCUGCAAAGCAGACCUGCUGCAGUUUAUAGCAGACAAGAGCAGCAUCAUAUUUUGGAAAGUUCAUUGUUGUUAGUGUUAAUAACUUUACCAAUCCUUUCAGGUGAAUGAUAGCGCAGACUUUGUUGAUGCGGCUCAGUAUUUCUGUAGCUUGUUUGGAAGGUGAAACUAUGCACUGGAAGUGGACGUGAUCAGUUGGAAUCAGUCAUGGAUCUGAAGUCGGUCUGUUUCUAUUGGGCUUGGAUCUGAGCGCAGAAAAGACGAGAUGAAUGUCGCAUUGCUCUGGAACAGGAGCUGGACCGACAGUAUAUCAGCACAAGAUAUUACCAGCUUAGCAUGAGAGGCAUGCAUUGUGGACAUUGCACUUCAGCUCAGACAUGCAGAGAGUGAAGUCCAUCUGUGAAGCAGUGCUGUAUUCCAGCAGGUUGCACAGCAGGGAUGGAAAUACGACUCCCAUUGCAUAGCAGGUUGACCAAUCCCUGGUUCUACUAUGAGUUCCCCUGAGUUUGUUGUGUACACUGGGGCUAAUCAGACUCAUAACAAAACCUGGAAUGGGUGGAACUGCUAUGCAAUAGAAGAUCUAUUUCCAUCCCUGCACAGUAAGUUAACCACAUUAGUGCUAAUGACACGUUUCAUUGUAAUGUUUGUAUGUUAUUGCACUAGCCAUACCCUUCGAGCCCGUGGCUGUAAUGCACCUUUCAACAGGGACUGCCACCGCAUUGCAGUUUGAUUCAUUUCAUAUUUUACUGGGCGCUCCAAUCAGCCACAGCGCAGAGGCAUCUAGCAAUGUGUGUGACAGGCUGCCACUAACAUUACACACCCUGAGUGAAUGCUAAUGUACACCAGCAGCUUUUAGAUUCGCAAACUAUACUGGAUUAUGUUAUUUACUGGGAUUUUUGUAACAUUAAAAAAAUUGAUCUUUUCAGAAAAAAAUAACUGCAAAUACAAAUCUAGCCAAUAUUAUGCUGUAAUCGCUGAUUGUUCAUGAUGAGGCACUUUUCACACAAGUCGUUUCUGUUAGGAAUGUAAGUUAUUAAAACAUUUU